GACCCAUUCGUCCCUUGCAGCUUGGUCAAGUUGACACAGCUGAUCGCAAGCGAGUCCAAGUUCCUGUGUCAUUUUUAUUUUUAUUUUUUAUUUUUUUUGCCUAUGUAUUUUUUUUUCCAUGUUGAUGUCACUGUGUUGAGCGGCUCAGACAGAGAAGCAGCUGUUUUCAUUUCAGGUUGAGUCUUGGCAACGGCGUAGAUUGAGCGAAAGGAAAAGAUUUUGACUUGCUGUGGCAAGAUUUCAAUGGACAAAAUGAGCAGCCUGGUGGCCAAAUUACAUCACCUCUGGAUUACUUCCAUUUUGAAACAAUCUCGGAUGACAACUAUGCAAUCCAAGGUCCAUCUCUCGACAAUGCCUCCUGAACCGGUCAUCCCCUCUAAGAAACCUUUCAAAGUGGACCUUGUUGGUGGAAAGUGUUAUUCGUGGUGCACUUGUGGGCACAGCAAAAAACAGCCUUUCUGUGAUGGAGCACACAAGACCAAAGCCCAGGGCCUGUCCCCAUUACGCUUCGUCCCAGAGAAAGAUGCUACAGUUUGGUUGUGUGGCUGCAAAUACACAAACAACCCUCCAUACUGUGAUGGCACGCACAAGCAGGACUUCAUCACAUCUGCCCCGCUGCAUGAGCAGAACUGACAGUUAAAACGUGUCUCGCUUCGAAAAGGGCGACGUAUCUAACUUCACUGGAGCUUUAGAACAACUAUGGCCUGUGGUUGUAAAGGCAGAACACUGUACCCACUAGUGUUUCAACUGUUUGAAUCCCGUAAGUUGACACGCCUCUACGAAAUUUUUGUUA